CCUACUACCCUCACAUCAUCAUCAUGAGUGAUCCCUACACCAAUUAUUUCCAUGGCUGCUUCAAUAAUUUCAACCCUUUCCACCAUUACCCUCCUUCUUCCUCCUCCUCUCCUCCAUCAUCUUUUCAUUUCCCCCCAUCUUUCCCUCAAUAUCACCCCCCACCUUCUCCCCCUCUCAAACAAGCUCUCCCUCUCCUCAGUUUAAGCCCAACAAGGCCACAAGAUUCAUCAUCUUUCUCUGCCAUGGAAGUUGAUGGUAGUGCCAAGAAUCAAGAGGACAGCUUUGAGGGUGAUGAGGAAGAAGAGGAAAGUACUGUUAGUGUGGCUUUGCACUUGGGGCUCCCAGGAGAUGCUGAUCUCAUCUCAAGGCUUUCUGCUUAUUCAAACUCUGAAGAUAAUAAUAAUAAUAAGGGGGAAGAUCAAGAAGUAGUGACUGUGGUGGGUACUAAUCAUCAGUACUGGUGUUCAUCUUCAUCAUCUUCUUCUUCUUCAUCUUCUCCCUCUACAAGCACUCUCCACAAGGGCCAGUAUUGGAUCCCCACCCCUGCCCAGAUUUUGAUUGGCCCUACACAGUUCUCUUGCCCUCUUUGCUUCAAGACUUUCAAUAGAUACAAUAACAUGCAGAUGCAUAUGUGGGGCCACGGAUCGCAGUACCGGAAAGGGCCGGAGUCUCUCCGGGGAACGCAGCCGACGGCGAUGCUCCGGCUGCCGUGCUACUGCUGCGCGGCGGGGUGCCGGAACAACAUCGACCACCCCCGAGCCAAGCCGCUCAAGGAUUUCCGAACCCUCCAGACCCAUUACAAGCGGAAACACGGCAUCAAGCCGUUCAUGUGCCGGAAAUGCGGCAAAGCUUUCGCCGUGAGAGGCGACUGGCGAACCCACGAGAAGAACUGCGGCAAGCUCUGGUACUGCACCUGCGGCUCCGACUUCAAGCACAAGAGGUCCCUUAAAGACCACAUUAAGGCCUUCGGGAACGGCCACGCCGCCUACGGGAUCGAUUGCUUUGAUGAAGAAGAUGAGCCUGCGUCGGAAAUUGAGCAGGAUAACGAGCAUGAUGAUCAGAUUAAUCAGCCCUGAACCGUGAUCGCCGGCCGGCCCGUCGGCCUUCUUUUACUUAAUUUUCAUUGUCAACCCUAAAAAAAGUACAGUGGUUAAAAUUAAUGUUUAAUUUUAGUCUUUGGUGUCAUGGUGUGUGGGGAACUGAAGUAAAAUUAAGGAUGGAAUUCUACAUGAAUUAUUACCCAUAAUAUUUCAGAAAUUAUUUUUUUUUUUUUCAAGU